AUGGCAUCUCCCUGCUGGGCCCAGCAGCUCCCUGCAGCCAGGGCAGGACACAUUGACACCAAACAACACAACCCACCAAUGUGUUACAGUGUGUCUGUCUGCCUCCGACACCGGAGAGACACGGUGACCGGAGGGAAGCUGGCUCCUUAUCUAUUCACUUACAGUAGUGUAAUGGCCUUUCCCUCUCACUCCCUCUCGCUGUCCAUCCCAUCCACUUGUCCCUGGCUCCAGCCUGCAGCCCCCUGGCUGGCCUGGCCAUGAUGGAUGGCCUCUCUCUCUCCCAUUCUAUUCUGCUGAUGCAGGUGGAUCUGCAGCCCAGAGGAAUCCAGUACAGUGUGCUCCAUAAUGAGAGAGAUUUUACGCUCUGUCAAUAUGUCUCCUUGAGGUAUUCUGUUGAUGCAUUUUGAUGGGUGCUGAGGAAAGUUAAUCUCAUCAUGAGUGAUGAGUGAUAGUUUUCUCUAGGAACGGCAUAGUUUUGCUAUCAGAGAACAACUUCACCGUCAGUAUAGACUUGAGUCAAGUGUUUUAUCAGAACUCACACAAAUAUGUGUUUGUAUCCAUUUCUGCUGUGAAGAGAGAAAAAUGGGUCAAAAUAGUGAGAGAUCAAGCCCGUCGUUUGUUUUGCAGUCAUUAGUAUGCCUCAUUAACUGUGGUAAAAACUAGAUCAUUAUGUUGCAUUUCAAGCCAGGUUCGAAGAAGGGGCUUUUGGGCUCAAUGAUGACUGGUCCCCUGUUCUCUCCGGUGAUUGUGUGGCUGUGGGAGCAGUAAUGAGCAAGAGAGAGGAGAGGGGUAGGGAGGAGGGAGAGAGUAGAGAGACAUGGGGCUGAGAGAGGGAGAGAUGGAUGAUAGUACUCUCCAUCUCUUUUCCCUGCACAAAGACAGAUAUGAUGAUGCCUCCCGGCUGACGAGGUACAUUACGCACACACUGCUCCACUUUGGCAGAGAGAGGGAGAAAAAAUGAUGAUUCGAAAUUAUAGUCAUCUUAUUUCAAAGAUUUGGGAGAAUUUAAGUGCGUUAUGCAUGAUUAAUGAAUACUUUUUAUCUUUGUGAAAUUAUAAUUACUAUGAAGAAGCAAAUUCCUCUUUUAUGAUUAAUUCAGCAAAUAGUUUAUUUACACUUAUUACAUAGUAGAAAAAUUGUAAUUUUUUCGCACUGAUUAUGAAUCAGUAUGCACCACUCAAGAUAAUUAAAAUGAGUUCAAAUGUUUUGCUGUGGCUCGCUAACUGUGACAGUGAAUAGUAGGGGACGUCUUCUGGUCUUUCAAAGGGGAAUCUUAUUUUUGAAUGUCUUCAGCAAGAAGUGAUUGUCAUCAUUAGUGUUGUUAUUCUCCAGCUGCUCAGUUCCUGUCCAAACAGAAUUGUACUUUGAUGCCCGGUCCUCUCACUUUCUGCCAUACAACGAGCCAGUCUUUAAUAACAAUGUGGUUGUCUCACCCAGCUAUCUUAAGAUGAAUGCACUAACUGUAAGUCGCUCUGUGCCAUUCACUUCAAUGGGGGGGAAAUCUUGUACUACUUGCCUUCCCCAGCCCCUUUCCUUCCUUCUCGUGAAAUAAUCGGCGGCUGUUCCACAGCAGCCCUGUAUGCCUAGAGGGCUGGGAAACUGCCGUUGGAAUACUGUAGGCGGUGAGCGGAUAUGGGAGUCAUUAUAUUAGGAAUUUCCACUGUGUCUGCGUGAGGAGUGUGUGCCGAUUAUUUCACGAGAAGGAAGGAAAGAGGCUGGGGAAGGCAAUUUGUAUCAUAUUGACAUUUUAAAACGUAAGUACUGUGUCUGUAGAAGUACAAGAUUUCCCCCCCAUUGAAGUGAAUGGCACAGAGCGACUGACAGUUAGUGCAUUGUAUGCAUUGAUUGUAUGCAUUGGUCUCAUUAACACGUGUGAUGAAAUAUGUAUCUCCACCAGUCGUAUUGUUAAGAUCCAGUCGAGAGGCCAAUGCUAUAGCUAUGCCAAAAGGCAUAUUUAAAUGUAAGCCCAGUGGAGGGAUUCGAGUGAUGUCAAUCAAAUUCAAAUAGAUAUACGGUAUAAUCCAAUGUUUCUCCUGGAUUUCUAGCUCACCUGAAGCCAUCUAUCUAACCCAGGUUUGUUUUAUCUGUCCUCAGGUCAGCGAGAAUGCCAAGCAAGUAUUGUUGUAACCAAGGUUUAUGUGUUGUCUGUGCUCUGUCCUCAGGUCAGUGAGAAUGCCAAGCAGGACCUGAAGGAUGGCUUGUCUCUGUACAACACAGACAACAACGUAGGCCUUAGGAACGCAUGGAACAUAAUCCAAGCAGAGGUUUGUAGUAUGUGAACACACUCUGGGAUCAUCAUGACUUUCAUGUGGACUCAAGUUCACCUCAGGAUAGUGCAUAAAUGUAUUUAUUGUAUAGUGAAGCCUUCGUCUGAAACAAUUUUUGCGGGAUUUACCAUGGAUGUUUAAAAAUGUAUUAUUAACGGAACAUCCGGUAUGGAAAGUCCAUACUGUUUCUUCAAAUAUGCUAUGGGCUUCUUGAAUCUACAGUUGAAGUCGGAAGUUUACAUACGCUUAGGUUGGAGUCAUUCAAACUUGUUUUUCAACCACUCCACAAAUUAUAGUUUUGGCAAGUCGGUUAGGACAUCUCCUUUGUGCAUGACACAAGUAAUUUUUCCAACAAUUGUUUACAGACAGAUUAUUUCACUUAUAAUUCACUGUAUCACAAUUCCAGUGGGUCAGAAGUUUACAUACACUAAGUUGACUGUGCCAUUAAACAGCUUGGAAAAUUCCAGAAAAUGAUGUCAUGGCUUUAGAAUCUUCUGAUAGGCUAAUUGACAUCAUUUGAGUCAAUUAGAGGAGGUGUACCUGUGGAUGUAUUUCAAGGCCUACCUUCAAACUCAGUGCCUCUUUGCUUGACAUCAUGGGAAAAUCAAAAAAAAUUGUAGACCUCCACAAGUCUGGUUCAUCCUUGGGAGCAAUUUCCAAACGCCUGAAGGUACCACGUUCAUCUGUACAAACAAUAGUACGCAAGUAUAAAAACCAUGGGACGACGCAGCCGUCAUAUCGCUCAGGAAGGAGACGCGUUCUGUCAAAUCAAUCCCAGAACAACAGCAAAGGACCUUGUGAAGAUGUUGGAGGAAACAGGUACAAAAGUAUCUACAGUGAGGGAAAAAAGUAUUUGAUCCCCUGCUGAUUUUGUACGUUUGCCCACUGACAAAGACAUGAUCAGUCUAUAAUUUUAAUGGUAGGUUUAUUUGACCAGUGAGAGACAGAAUAACAACAACAAAAAUCCAGAAAAACGCAUGUCAAAAAUGUUAUAAAUUGAUUAGCAUUUUAAUGAGGGAAAUAAGUAUUUGACCCCUCUGAAAAACAUGACUUAGUACUUGGUGGCAAAACCCUUGUUGGCAAUCACAUUUUACAUUUAAGUCAUUUAGCAGACGCUCUUAUCCAGAGCAUUUUUUUUAUACUGGCCCCCCGUGGGAAUCGAACCCACAACCCUGGCGUUGCAAACGCCAUGCUCUACCAACUGAGCUACAUCCCUGCCGGCCAUUCCCUCCCCUACCCUGGACGACGCUGGGCAAAUUGUGCGCCACCCGAUGGGUCUCCCGGUCGUGGCCGGCUACGACAGAGCCUGGAUACGAACCAGGAUCUCUAGUGGCACAGCUAGCACUGCGAUGCAGUGCCUUAGACCACUGCGCCACUCGGGAGACACACAGAGGUCAGACGUUUCUUGUAGUUGGCCACCAGGUUUGCACACAUCUCAGGAGGGAUUUUGUCCCCUCUUUGCAGAUCUCCAUUAAGGUUUCGAGCCUGAUGUUUGGCAACUCGAACCUUCAGCUCCCUCCACAGAUUUUCUAUGGGAUUAAGGUCUGGAGACUGGCUAGGCCACUCCAGGAUCUUAAUGUGCUUCUUCUUGAGCCACUCCUUUGUUGCCUUGGCCGUGUGUUUUGGGUCAUUGUCAUGCUGGAAUACCCAUCCAUGACCCAUUUUCAAUGCCCUGGCUGAGGGAAGGAGGUUCUCACCCAAGAUUUGACGGUACAUGGCCCCGUCCAUCGUCCCUUUGAUGCGGUGAAGUUGUCCUGUCCCCUUAGCAGAAAAACACAUUUUCGUCAUUUAGCAGACGCUCUUAUCCAGAGCGACUUACAAAUUGGUGCAUUCACCUUAUGUUAGCCAGUGGGACACCGUUCCCCUCACAGCUCCGUAGGCAAGCACCAUGGUCUUGUAGCAGAUGCAGGCUUCAACUGGAAGCCAGUGGAGUGUGCGGAGGAGCGGGGUGACGUGAGAGAACUUGGGAAGGUUGAACACCAGACGGGCUGCAGCGUUCUGGAUGAGUUGUAGGGGUUUAAUGGCACAGGCAGGGAGCCCAGCCAACAGCGAGUUGCAGUAAUCCAGACAGGAGAUGACAAGUGCCUGGAUUAGGACCUGUGCCGCUUCCUGUGUAAGGUAGGGUCGUACUCUGCGAAUGUUGUAGAGCAUGAACCUACAGGAUCGGGUCACCGCUUUGAUGUUAGCGGAGAACGACAGGGUGUUGUCCAGGGUCACGCCAAGGUUCUUUGCACUCUGGGAGGAGGACACAACCGUGAUGGCGAGAUCAUGGAGCAGGCAGUCCUCCAGCUCCGUCUUGCCGAGGUUCAGCUUGAGGUGGUGAUCCGUCAUCCACACUGAUAUGUCUGCCAGACAUGCAGAGAUGCGAUUCGCCACCUGGUUAUCAGAAGGGGGAAAGGAGAAGAUUAAUUGUGUGUCGUCUGCGUAGCAAUGAUAGGAGAGACCAUGUGAGGAUAUGACAGAGCCAAGUGACUUGGUGUAUAGAGAGAAUAGGAGAGGGCCUAGAACUGAGCCCUGGGGGACACCCAGGGCUCAGUUCUAGGCCCUCUCAUAUUCUCUCUAUACACCAAGUCACAACACCCCAAAGCAUAAUGUUUCCACCUCCAUGUUUGACGGUGGGGAUGGUGUUCUUGGGGUCUCAACACGGCGAGUUGAGUUGAUGCCAAAGAGCUCGAUUUUGGCCUCAUCUGACCACAACGCUUUCACCCAGUUCUCCUCUGAAUCAUUCAGAUGUUCAUUGGCAAACUUCAGACGGGCCUGUAUAUGUGCUUUCUUGAGCAGGGGGACCUUGCGGGCGCUGCAGGAUUUCAGUCCUUCACGGCGUCGUGUGUUACCAAUUGUUUCUUGGUGACUAUGGUCCCAGCUGCCUUGAGAUCAUUGACAAGAUCCUCCCGUGUAGUUCUGGGCUGAUUCCUCACCGUUCUCAUGAUCAUUGCAACUCCACGAGGUGAGAUCUUGCAUGGAGCCCCAGGCCGAGGGAGAUUGACAGUUAUUUUGUGUUUCUUCCAUUUACGAAUAAUCACACCAACUGUUGUCACCAUUUCCAAUGCCCUGGCUGAGGGAAGGAGGUUCUCACCCAAGAUUUGACGGUACAUGGCCCCGUCCAUCGUCCCUUUGAUGCGGUGAAGUUGUCCUGUCCCCUUAGCAGAAAAACACAUUUUCGUCAUUUAGCAGACGCUCUUAUCCAGAGCGACUUACAAAUUGGUGCAUUCACCUUAUGUUAGCCAGUGGGACACCGUUCCCCUCACAGCUCCGUAGGCAAGCACCAUGGUCUUGUAGCAGAUGCAGGCUUCAACUGGAAGCCAGUGGAGUGUGCGGAGGAGCGGGGUGACGUGAGAGAACUUGGGAAGGUUGAACACCAGACGGGCUGCAGCGUUCUGGAUGAGUUGUAGGGGUUUAAUGGCACAGGCAGGGAGCCCAGCCAACAGCGAGUUGCAGUAAUCCAGACAGGAGAUGACAAGUGCCUGGAUUAGGACCUGUGCCGCUUCCUGUGUAAGGUAGGGUCGUACUCUGCGAAUGUUGUAGAGCAUGAACCUACAGGAUCGGGUCACCGCUUUGAUGUUAGCGGAGAACGACAGGGUGUUGUCCAGGGUCACGCCAAGGUUCUUUGCACUCUGGGAGGAGGACACAACCGUGAUGGCGAGAUCAUGGAGCAGGCAGUCCUCCAGCUCCGUCUUGCCGAGGUUCAGCUUGAGGUGGUGAUCCGUCAUCCACACUGAUAUGUCUGCCAGACAUGCAGAGAUGCGAUUCGCCACCUGGUUAUCAGAAGGGGGAAAGGAGAAGAUUAAUUGUGUGUCGUCUGCGUAGCAAUGAUAGGAGAGACCAUGUGAGGAUAUGACAGAGCCAAGUGACUUGGUGUAUAGAGAGAAUAGGAGAGGGCCUAGAACUGAGCCCUGGGGGACACCCAGGGCUCAGUUCUAGGCCCUCUCAUAUUCACUCUAUACACCAAGUCACAACACCCCAAAGCAUAAUGUUUCCACCUCCAUGUUUGACGGUGGGGAUGGUGUUCUUGGGGUCUCAACACGGCGAGUUGAGUUGAUGCCAAAGAGCUCGAUUUUGGCCUCAUCUGACCACAACGCUUUCACCCAGUUCUCCUCUGAAUCAUUCAGAUGUUCAUUGGCAAACUUCAGACGGGCCUGUAUAUGUGCUUUCUUGAGCAGGGGGACCUUGCGGGCGCUGCAGGAUUUCAGUCCUUCACGGCGUCGUGUGUUACCAAUUGUUUCUUGGUGACUAUGGUCCCAGCUGCCUUGAGAUCAUUGACAAGAUCCUCCCGUGUAGUUCUGGGCUGAUUCCUCACCGUUCUCAUGAUCAUUGCAACUCCACGAGGUGAGAUCUUGCAUGGAGCCCCAGGCCGAGGGAGAUUGACAGUUAUUUUGUGUUUCUUCCAUUUACGAAUAAUCACACCAACUGUUGUCACCAUUUCCAAUGCCCUGGCUGAGGGAAGGAGGUUCUCACCCAAGAUUUGACGGUACAUGGCCCCGUCCAUCGUCCCUUUGAUGCGGUGAAGUUGUCCUGUCCCCUUAGCAGAAAAACACAUUUUCGUCAUUUAGCAGACGCUCUUAUCCAGAGCGACUUACAAAUUGGUGCAUUCACCUUAUGUUAGCCAGUGGGACACCGUUCCCCUCACAGCUCCGUAGGCAAGCACCAUGGUCUUGUAGCAGAUGCAGGCUUCAACUGGAAGCCAGUGGAGUGUGCGGAGGAGCGGGGUGACGUGAGAGAACUUGGGAAGGUUGAACACCAGACGGGCUGCAGCGUUCUGGAUGAGUUGUAGGGGUUUAAUGGCACAGGCAGGGAGCCCAGCCAACAGCGAGUUGCAGUAAUCCAGACAGGAGAUGACAAGUGCCUGGAUUAGGACCUGUGCCGCUUCCUGUGUAAGGUAGGGUCGUACUCUGCGAAUGUUGUAGAGCAUGAACCUACAGGAUCGGGUCACCGCUUUGAUGUUAGCGGAGAACGACAGGGUGUUGUCCAGGGUCACGCCAAGGUUCUUUGCCCUCUGGGAGGAGGACACAACCGUGAUGGCGAGAUCAUGGAGCAGGCAGUCCUCCAGCUCCGUCUUGCCGAGGUUCAGCUUGAGGUGGUGAUCCGUCAUCCACACUGAUAUGUCUGCCAGACAUGCAGAGAUGCGAUUCGCCACCUGGUUAUCAGAAGGGGGAAAGGAGAAGAUUAAUUGUGUGUCGUCUGCGUAGCAAUGAUAGGAGAGACCAUGUGAGGAUAUGACAGAGCCAAGUGACUUGGUGUAUAGAGAGAAUAGGAGAGGGCCUAGAACUGAGCCCUGGGGGACACCCAGGGCUCAGUUCUAGGCCCUCUCAUAUUCUCUCUAUACACCAAGUCACAACACCCCAAAGCAUAAUGUUUCCACCUCCAUGUUUGACGGUGGGGAUGGUGUUCUUGGGGUCUCAACACGGCGAGUUGAGUUGAUGCCAAAGAGCUCGAUUUUGGCCUCAUCUGACCACAACGCUUUCACCCAGUUCUCCUCUGAAUCAUUCAGAUGUUCAUUGGCAAACUUCAGACGGGCCUGUAUAUGUGCUUUCUUGAGCAGGGGGACCUUGCGGGCGCUGCAGGAUUUCAGUCCUUCACGGCGUCGUGUGUUACCAAUUGUUUCUUGGUGACUAUGGUCCCAGCUGCCUUGAGAUCAUUGACAAGAUCCUCCCGUGUAGUUCUGGGCUGAUUCCUCACCGUUCUCAUGAUCAUUGCAACUCCACGAGGUGAGAUCUUGCAUGGAGCCCCAGGCCGAGGGAGAUUGACAGUUAUUUUGUGUUUCUUCCAUUUACGAAUAAUCACACCAACUGUUGUCACCAUUUUCAAUGCCCUGGCUGAGGGAAGGAGGUUCUCACCCAAGAUUUGACGGUACAUGGCCCCGUCCAUCGUCCCUUUGAUGCGGUGAAGUUGUCCUGUCCCCUUAGCAGAAAAACACAUUUUCGUCAUUUAGCAGACGCUCUUAUCCAGAGCGACUUACAAAUUGGUGCAUUCACCUUAUGUUAGCCAGUGGGACACCGUUCCCCUCACAGCUCCGUAGGCAAGCACCAUGGUCUUGUAGCAGAUGCAGGCUUCAACUGGAAGCCAGUGGAGUGUGCGGAGGAGCGGGGUGACGUGAGAGAACUUGGGAAGGUUGAACACCAGACGGGCUGCAGCGUUCUGGAUGAGUUGUAGGGGUUUAAUGGCACAGGCAGGGAGCCCAGCCAACAGCGAGUUGCAGUAAUCCAGACAGGAGAUGACAAGUGCCUGGAUUAGGACCUGUGCCGCUUCCUGUGUAAGGUAGGGUCGUACUCUGCGAAUGUUGUAGAGCAUGAACCUACAGGAUCGGGUCACCGCUUUGAUGUUAGCGGAGAACGACAGGGUGUUGUCCAGGGUCACGCCAAGGUUCUUUGCACUCUGGGAGGAGGACACAACCGUGAUGGCGAGAUCAUGGAGCAGGCAGUCCUCCAGCUCCGUCUUGCCGAGGUUCAGCUUGAGGUGGUGAUCCGUCAUCCACACUGAUAUGUCUGCCAGACAUGCAGAGAUGCGAUUCGCCACCUGGUUAUCAGAAGGGGGAAAGGAGAAGAUUAAUUGUGUGUCGUCUGCGUAGCAAUGAUAGGAGAGACCAUGUGAGGAUAUGACAGAGCCAAGUGACUUGGUGUAUAGAGAGAAUAGGAGAGGGCCUAGAACUGAGCCCUGGGGGACACCCAGGGCUCAGUUCUAGGCCCUCUCAUAUUCUCUCUAUACACCAAGUCACAACACCCCAAAGCAUAAUGUUUCCACCUCCAUGUUUGACGGUGGGGAUGGUGUUCUUGGGGUCUCAACACGGCGAGUUGAGUUGAUGCCAAAGAGCUCGAUUUUGGCCUCAUCUGACCACAACGCUUUCACCCAGUUCUCCUCUGAAUCAUUCAGAUGUUCAUUGGCAAACUUCAGACGAGCCUGUAUAUGUGCUUUCUUGAGCAGGGGGACCUUGCGGGCGCUGCAGGAUUUCAGUCCUUCACGGCGUCGUGUGUUACCAAUUGUUUCUUGGUGACUAUGGUCCCAGCUGCCUUGAGAUCAUUGACAAGAUCCUCCCGUGUAGUUCUGGGCUGAUUCCUCACCGUUCUCAUGAUCAUUGCAACUCCACGAGGUGAGAUCUUGCAUGGAGCCCCAGGCCGAGGGAGAUUGACAGUUAUUUUGUGUUUCUUCCAUUUACGAAUAAUCACACCAACUGUUGUCACCAUUUUCAAUGCCCUGGCUGAGGGAAGGAGGUUCUCACCCAAGAUUUGACGGUACAUGGCCCCGUCCAUCGUCCCUUUGAUGCGGUGAAGUUGUCCUGUCCCCUUAGCAGAAAAACACAUUUUCGUCAUUUAGCAGACGCUCUUAUCCAGAGCGACUUACAAAUUGGUGCAUUCACCUUAUGUUAGCCAGUGGGACACCGUUCCCCUCACAGCUCCGUAGGCAAGCACCAUGGUCUUGUAGCAGAUGCAGGCUUCAACUGGAAGCCAGUGGAGUGUGCGGAGGAGCGGGGUGACGUGAGAGAACUUGGGAAGGUUGAACACCAGACGGGCUGCAGCGUUCUGGAUGAGUUGUAGGGGUUUAAUGGCACAGGCAGGGAGCCCAGCCAACAGCGAGUUGCAGUAAUCCAGACAGGAGAUGACAAGUGCCUGGAUUAGGACCUGUGCCGCUUCCUGUGUAAGGUAGGGUCGUACUCUGCGAAUGUUGUAGAGCAUGAACCUACAGGAUCGGGUCACCGCUUUGAUGUUAGCGGAGAACGACAGGGUGUUGUCCAGGGUCACGCCAAGGUUCUUUGCCCUCUGGGAGGAGGACACAACCGUGAUGGCGAGAUCAUGGAGCAGGCAGUCCUCCAGCUCCGUCUUGCCGAGGUUCAGCUUGAGGUGGUGAUCCGUCAUCCACACUGAUAUGUCUGCCAGACAUGCAGAGAUGCGAUUCGCCACCUGGUUAUCAGAAGGGGGAAAGGAGAAGAUUAAUUGUGUGUCGUCUGCGUAGCAAUGAUAGGAGAGACCAUGUGAGGAUAUGACAGAGCCAAGUGACUUGGUGUAUAGAGAGAAUAGGAGAGGGCCUAGAACUGAGCCCUGGGGGACACCCAGGGCUCAGUUCUAGGCCCUCUCAUAUUCUCUCUAUACACCAAGUCACAACACCCCAAAGCAUAAUGUUUCCACCUCCAUGUUUGACGGUGGGGAUGGUGUUCUUGGGGUCUCAACACGGCGAGUUGAGUUGAUGCCAAAGAGCUCGAUUUUGGCCUCAUCUGACCACAACGCUUUCACCCAGUUCUCCUCUGAAUCAUUCAGAUGUUCAUUGGCAAACUUCAGACGGGCCUGUAUAUGUGCUUUCUUGAGCAGGGGGACCUUGCGGGCGCUGCAGGAUUUCAGUCCUUCACGGCGUCGUGUGUUACCAAUUGUUUCUUGGUGACUAUGGUCCCAGCUGCCUUGAGAUCAUUGACAAGAUCCUCCCGUGUAGUUCUGGGCUGAUUCCUCACCGUUCUCAUGAUCAUUGCAACUCCACGAGGUGAGAUCUUGCAUGGAGCCCCAGGCCGAGGGAGAUUGACAGUUAUUUUGUGUUUCUUCCAUUUACGAAUAAUCACACCAACUGUUGUCACCUUCUCACCAAGCUGCUUGGCGAUGGUCUUGUAGCCCAUUCCAGCCUUGUGUAGGUCUACAAUCUUGUUCCUGACAUCCUUGGAGAGCUCUUUGGUCUUGGCCAUGGUGGAGAGUUUGGAAUCUGAUUGAUUGAUUGCUUCUGUGGACAGGUGUCUUUUAUACAGGUAACAAACUGAGAUUAGGAGCACUCCCUUUAAGAGUGUGCUCCUAAUCUCAGCUCGUUACCUGUAUAAAAGACACCUGGGACCCAGACAUCUUUCUGAUUGAGAGGGGGUCAAAUACUUAUUUCCCUCAUUAAAAUGCAAAUCAAUUUAUAACAUUUUUGACAUGCGUUUUUUUCUGGAUCUUUUUGUUGUUAUUCUGUCUCUCACUGUUCAAAUAAACCUACCAUUAAAAUUAUAUACUGAUAAUUUCUUUGUACUUUUUUCCCUCACUGUAUAUCCACAGUAAAACGAGUCCUAUAUCGACACAACCUGAAAGGCCGCUCAGCAAGGAAGAAGCCACUGCUCCAAAACCGCCAUAAAAAAGCCAAACUACGGUUUGCAACUGCACAUGGGGAAAUGUCCUCUGGUCUGAUUAAACAAAAAUAGAACUGUUUGGCCAUAAUGACCAUCGUUAUGUUUGGAGGAAAAAGGGGCGGCUUGCAAGCCGAGGAACACCAUCCCAACCGUGAAGCACGGGGGUGGCAGCAUCAUGCUGUGGGGGUGCUUUGCUGCAGGAGGGACUGGUGCACUUCACAAAAUAGAUGGCAUCAUGAGGAAGGAAAAUUAUGUGGAUAUAUUGAAGCAACAACUCAAGACAUCAGUCAGGAAGUUAAAGCUUGGUCAAUGACCCCAAGCAUACUUCCAAAGUUGUGGCAAAAUGGCUUAAGGACAACAAAGUCAAGGUAUUGGAGUGGCCAUACUGAGCUAAGACAGGGAAUUUGUACUAGGAUGAAAUGUCAGGAAUUGUGAAAAACUGAGUUUAAAUGUAUUUGUCGAAGGUGUAUGUAAACUUCCGACUUCAACUGUACAUAGGGACAGCAUCGUACAGGGAGUGUAAAUCUUUACAGUAGACUACUUACUGAGGUAUUUAUCAGAGUUGGUUUGAGGACUCUGGACUCACAGACAGGUAGCACUAACGACUCCUUUUCCCUCUCCUCCCUGUGUGUGUGUGUGUGUGUGUGUCUUGCAGUGGAAGUGCUGUGGGGUGGUAGGGUACACAGAUUGGCACGAGGCCCUCAAGGAGAAAAUGGUGCCUGACCGCUGCUGCCAGGAGCACUACCAAGAAUGUGGACGCAACUCCACCAACAUGUUUUGGACACGGGUGAGUGGGCACACUGGGCGCUGGGUGGGCACUGCGGGCAAUGGGCAGUCACCGUCACAAGAUGUAAUACUUGUUUUAAAAGGCUUCUUAAGUUUGUAAUUUUCACUUUGAAAUUUCAGACUUGAUUUUCCCUUGUCCAUUAAUUGUAAUCCAGAAAAUUAUUCAUGUCUUGUUGCUGCAGGAUUAUUUCCCUGCUGUAGCAAACUGGCUCAAAUUAAGAUCCUACGGGGCGGCAGGUAUCUUAGUGGUUAAGAGCGUUGUGCCAGUAACCGAAAGGUCGCUGGUUCUAAUCCCCGAGCCGACCAGGUGAAAAAUCUGCCCUUGAGCAGGGCACUUAACCCUAAUUGCUCUUGUAAGUCACUCUGGAUAAGAGUGUCUGCUAAAUGACUAAAAUGUAAAUGUACAUCUGUAGGUCAUAUGCAACAAUCCAAUGUCAGUGUGACAAGCCUGGGAAAACAAAGAGCACUUUUCUGCUCAGAAAAAAAGGUGCAAUAAUAGAUUAUUAUAUUACUAUACAGUAGUUACUUUGCAAGUGUGUUGAGAUAAGGAUGAUGUUGUUUUGAAUAUCAUUAAGAUUUUAAGUGGCUUGCAUUUUUGGUCACCAUGUAAACUUUUGCUUUUACAAUACAAAGUCAGGGACUUCUUGUUCCCUCCAUAUCCCCAGAUAGUACAUUUAAAAUCUUAUUGUUGUGGUUUGUUCACCACUCAAGUGUAGAAGAUGUAUUCGUUACAAUCCAAAUUAAAUAGACCAAAUUAGAAUAGAGAAGACAGACUGCCAGCCCUAUGGGAUGUGUAGUUCUAAUAUCUACCAUGUAAUCCUGCCCAGCGGGGGUGGCCAGAUAAAGUCAUGCAUGUUUCAGCAUAGACAGGACACAUUGUAACAGCUGAAACUAUAACAAACUCCCCCAGCCAGAUGGAGAUAGUAGUAGUGACCUGCGAAUGAACUUGCGAUAACAUCUAACAGUAUGAAUGAACCAGAGAUGAUAGCUACAGUGAUUUAACUGCAUCUGUGUUCUUUUCCCAGUACUCUUGUUUGUUUGAAAGAUUUAAUGUCUUCCCACAUUCAGAAUUGAUCGUGUUAAAGUGCUUUUCAAUUGCCAUUUUCAACAGACCAUUAUUCAUCUCUAUCAAGUCACUAACUAUUCCUCUAUAUCUUCUCCAUCACCCGCAUCCUUCCCCCUUUCUAUCUCUCUCUCUCUGUCAAGUGCUAGUCUCUGUUCACACUUCUAUUGUUGUCCCUCUGUCCCCUAGGGCUGCUAUGAGAAGGUGGAGGAGUGGCUCGAUGACAAUAAGCAUCUCAUGGGAACCAUUGGCAUGUGCAUCUUGGUAGUGCAGGUAAGCAGCAAUCACUCCAUGGAGCCUGUGUGUGUGUGGGUGUGUGCGUGCGUCCAGGGUGUGUGUGUUACUCCCCUCUCCCUCUCCCUGUGAGAGACAGGCCAGUAAUAAGGUCCAUGCUCAGUGGGCGUAGUAGCACCCACACAUUCUGCCAUACUGAAAUAUUGAAGAUUGUGUCUGGUGCACCCUGGUCCUGUCUGAGGGAAUCAAAUGCUGGGAACGCUGGAGCUGGAGCCAGAGCCAGACACCAGGAAGUGAUAUGAGACCUGAUGAAGAGAUCUCAGCCUGCUGCUGCAUCUCUAUGUUCCUCCUGUCUGUCCUUCUAGUCUUACUCUCUGACUAACCUAAAGUUUCUGUCUGUCUCUCUGACUAACCUAAAGUACCUGUCUGUCUCUCUGACUAACCUAAAGUACCUGUCUGUCUCUCUGGCUAACAUAAAGUACCUGUCUGUCUCUCUGACUAAUCUUAAGUACCUGUCUGUCUCUGUCUACCAUAAAGUACCUGUCUGUCUUUCUGUCCUUGUGGUCUGCUCUCUGACUAACCUAAAGUACCUGUCUGUCUCUCUGACUAACCCAAAGUACCUGUCUGUCUCUCUGACUAACCUAAAGUACCUAUCUGUCUCUCUAACUAACCUAAAGUACCUGACUCCGAAGUCUGACACACUUUCCUUUUUGUCUGACUAUCUUCUGUUAUUGUCUGAUUCUCAGUGUGCCCUACCUGUCUGUUUCCUGGUCUACCCUUCCUGUCUUCCCUACCUGUUUAACUCCAGCAUUCUGUCUCUCUGCUAUUUCCUACCCUCUCUGUCUCAGAAGCAGCAGAGCCAGCAGAGCCCAAUCUCUUCAAUGUAGAGUAGUGUUGUCACCAUGAUUUUAGACUGUACCACAGGGAUGGUCUGCACUCUGUCUGCACACACACACAAAUUCCAAACACACCUAAUAUUUGCAUAGGGUGUUUGGGAGGGAGGGAGAUAAAUAGAGCAGGAGAGAGAAGGAGUUGGAGAAUGAGAGAGAAGGAGAUGGAGAAUGAGAGAGAAGGAGAGGGAGAAGGAGAGAGAAGGAAAGGGAGAAGGAGAGGGAGAAGAGAAGAGAGAGAAGGGGAAGAGGGAGAGGAGAGAGAGGAAGAGGAGAAGGAGAGAAGAAGGAGGGGAGAAGGAGGGGGAGAGAGAGGGAGAGAUAGAGGAGAAGAAGGGAGAGGAGAAUGAGAGAGAAGGGAGAGAGGAGGGGGAGAGGAAGAGGAGAGAGGGGAGGAAGGAGAGAGGGAAAGAGGGAAGGAGAGAGAGAAGGAGAGAGAAAAGAGAGAAGGAGAGGGAGAAGGAGAGAGGGGGAGGGAGCGGAAGAGAAGGAGAGGAAGGAGAGAGAGGAGCGAAGGAGAGGGAGAAGGAGAGGGAAGAUAGGAGAGAGAAGGAGAGGGAGAAUGAGAGAGAAGGAGAGGGAAAAGGAGAGAGACAAUGGGGAUGUGGAUCUCCUCUAAUGCGUACAGUAUAUAUAGUGCCUUGCAAAAGUUUUCAUCCCCCUUUGCGUUUUUCCUAUUUUGUUGCAUUACAACCUGUAAUUUAAAUGGAUUUUUAUUUGGAUUUCAUGUAAUGGACAUACACAAAAUAAUCCAAAUUGGUGAAGUGAAAUGAAAAAAAAGAACUUGUUAAAAAAAAAUCAAAAAAAUGAAUAACGGAAAAGUGGUGCAUAUGUAUUCACUCCCUUUGCUAUGAAGCCCCUAAAUAAGAUCUGGCGCAACCAAUUACCUUCAGAAGUCACAUUAUUAGUUAAGUAAAGUCCACCUGUGUGCAAUCUAAGUGUCACAUGAUCUGUCACAUGACCUCAGUAUAUAUACACCUGUUCUGAAAGGCCCCAGAGUCUGCAACACCACUAAGCAAGGGGCACCACCAAGCAAGCGGCACCAUGAAGACCAAGGAGCUCUCCAAACAGGUCAGGGACAAAGUUGUGGAGAAGUACAGAUCAGGGUUGGGUUAUAAAAAGAUAUCAGAAACUUUGAACAUCCCACGGAGCACCAUUAAAUCCAAAAUUAUUUAAAAAAUUGAAAGAAUAUGGCACCACAACAAACCUGCCAAGAGAGGACCGCCCACCAAAAUACACGGACCAGGCAAGGAGGGAAUUAAUCAGAGAGGCAACAAAGACACCAAAGAUAACCCUGAAGGAGCUGCAAAGCUCCACAGCGGAGAUUGGAGUAUCUGUCCAUAGGACCACUUUUAAGCCGUACACUCCAUAGAGCUGGGCUUUACGGAAGAGUGGCCAGAAAAAAAGCAAUUGCUUAAAGAAAAAAAUAAGCAAACACGUUUGGUGUUUGCCAAAAGGCAUGUGGAAGACUCCCCAAACAUAUGGAAGAAGGUACUCUGGUCAGAUGAUACUAAAAUUGAGCUUUUUGGCCAUAAAGGAAAACGCUAUGUCUGGCGCAAACCCAACACAUUUACAUUUUAAUCGUUUAGCAGACGCUCUUAUCCAGAGCGACUUACAGUUAGUGUGUGCAUACAUUUUCAUACUGCCCCCCCGUGGGAAAUGAACCCACAGCCCUGGUGUUGCAAGUGCCAUGCUCUACCAACUGAGCUACCUCUCAACACCUCUCAUCACCCCGAGAACACCAUCCCCACAGUGAAGCAUGGUGGUGGCAGCAUCAUGCUGUGGGGAUGUUUUUCAUCGGCAGGGAAUAGUUAUGCACGCUCAAGUUUUCAGUUUUUUUGCAUCUUCAAAGUGGUAGGCAUGUUGUGUAACUGAAAUGAUACAACCCCCCCAAAAAUCCAUUUUAAUUCCAGGUUGUAAGGCAACAAAAUAGGAAAAAUGCCAAGGGGGGUGAAUACUUUCGCAAGCCACUGUAGUAGGCUGAGCCUGCAGCAGCAGAAGGACAAUACAUCCUUCCCCUUUCCUCUGCAGGGCUUUGACCUUUGACCUGACCCCACCACCUAGAUAACAUCCCCCAGCCCAUUAGUGAGACUGUACAGUACAUCUGUGGCCUGUGUGGUCCAGCGCUUAGUGCCGGCACACGUGUAUUCCAGAGCCGGCGUGGGUUAGAAUCCGGCCCACUGCCCUUUGACUCAAACCCCUCCUAUGUUUUCUGUCCUGUCUCUACUGUCCAAUCAGUUCAAUAACAAAAUAUGGGAGGAAAUACUUCUACUAUAUAUAUAUAUAGUAUAAUAUAAAUACUUGUACUACAUCUACCUAGAACCAUAGAUAGAAGACACUUUGCUCUGUACAGUAAGCUGGAGAAAGCUGGGGAGAGUCUGCAUGAGUUUAGUUCAAAGCCCUAAAGGUGCAUCCCUAAUGCAGACAGACUGGGUGAUUUUUUAAAAUUAUAUAUAUUUAUUUUCUUUAUUAGGAUCCCCAUUAGCUGACGCCAAUGGCGACAGCUAGUCUUACUGGGGUCUGACACAUAACGAAAGACAUUACAGACAAAAUACUUUACAAUUUACAUACAUUUAAAAACAUGAAUAUGUAGUGUGUAAGUGCAUCUAUACACAUACAGUACAUGUCAGUGCAUACACACAACAAGGGUGUGGGUCUGUGUGUGACAGUGUAUGGGUUGGGGUGUGAUCUGUAAUGUGUGCUUGGCCUUGCUCCGGAGCCUGGUAUAAUAAAUGUGAUCACACAGUGUUUGUUGUUUUCACCACACUGUGUUAGAUAUUAGGUGAGACUGGCAGGAGCUUAAGAAGGUAUCCCUAACCAUCCCUACGGACCCAGGUUUGACUGGAACUGAAGGGAAAGUCAGCAGCAGCUUUACAAAGGCUAAUGCUAAUCACAGUAGUAGGUUGCCUAAUGUAGCCAGCUAGCUAACUUCUGGCUGCAUUAAGUGCAGUCUGCUUCUGUAACAGACCUGGUUUCAGUCUCAAAACUGUAAACCCCACCCAUAUGGCACUCCGGGCAGGCUAAAAUAAAUGCUGAAAGUUUUUAAAUAGUAUUUGAACCCAGGUCUGUUCUGUAGUAAAGAGUACCACUCACUCCCGUCCAUACUGCUUCAGAUAAUGAAUUUAGGAUCAGUCUUCCGACUUUGUUUGAUGUGAAAGUAGUCCUGCGUAUCACAGGUUAUUUCUUAAUGGAAAACUUCAAAGAGAAGACACUUUUUUCCCGGUGCAUCAUAAUUUUCCUCAUUGACAUAAUGCGCUCACUUAUCUCACGUUAUUCCAUCAGUGAGAUACAGAGGAAGCUUGUUGUGUUUGAUGUUUCAAGACUGCCUGAGAGAGAGAGGAGGUAGUAAAACUCUCAGCCUGGGUUGUGGGUUGUUUUCAAACUCUCAAACUCCACACAUGCCCAGAAGCACUAACAACAAAUGUAACGCAACACUAGUGUAUUAGAGUACAGAUGUAGGAUCUUAAUUUGAUCACCGGAUAACUUUCUGCAACUUGUAGUGUAUUUGAGGUUUAAAAAGGUUUCUGAAGUUUGUAAUUUCCACUUUGAAAUUUCAGGCUUGAUUUUACCUUACGAAAAAUGUAUCAACCCCUACAGAAAUCUGACACGGGUUCAAAUACUAUUUCAAAUAUCACAUACAUUCGAAGUAAGCAUUUUAAUGUAUUUGGAAAUAUACUUGGUAUACUGACUCAAAUACACUCGCAUGCAUUUACCCAGGUAUUUGAAAAUAGUAGUUUAAAUAAUUGUUUUUGUUUUUGUUUUACAAAUAACCAUUCAAAUACUCAAAUGUUUUUGACUGUGUAUUUGAAAAUACUUAAAUACACAGACAAUAUAUGUUUUAUACAAGAUACUUCAGGUCUGACAAAAAUGUCCAUUAAUUAUAAUCCACAUAAUAAUUCACAUUUCCUGUUGCUGCAGAAUUAUUUUCCUGCUGUAGCAAACUGGCUUAAAUUAAGAUCCUACAUCUGUACACACAUCACUCAGAGCUGGCUGCACUGUACCAUUCACUGUGUCAAUAACAUUAAUAAAACUGUGUUCUCCCUCUCCUCUGCAGCUCCUCGGCAUGGCGUUCUCCAUGACACUGUUCCAACAAAUCCAUAGAACGGGGAAGAAGUACGACGCUUAG